UCCCCUUUCUCCAAAAUUCAGCUCCAUUAGAAGCAAUCGAAGCUCCAUCCAUGGCUUUCUCAAGGAAGAAGAGACCAUCUUGGAGCAAACUCUUCAAAUCUGCCACCACUCCUCCCAUCGUCUCCGAGCUCACCUUCCCCGGUCACUUUCGAUGCCCGAUUUCGCUCGAUCUGAUGAAAGAUCCAGUGACGGCGCCGACAGGCAUCACCUAUGACCGAGAGAACAUUGAGAGAUGGCUUGAAACGGGGAACUCCACUUGUCCUGUAACAAACAUGGCUCUCAAUUCCCAUGGCCUCAUCCCCAAUCACACCAUUCGCAGGUUGAUUCAGGAUUGGUGUGCUUCGAAUAGGUCUCAUGGAGUUGAUCGAAUUCCAACCCCUCGGAUUCCCAUAACCCAACUUGAGGCCUUUGAUCUCCUAUCAGAUUUCUCCUCAGCCACCAAGCUUCAAGACAAAGAACACCACCUCGAACUAAUCACAAAAGUGAGAUCUUUGAUAAAAGAGAGCGAGCGAAAUCGACGCUGUUUUUUAUCAGUUGGUGCGCCUGCCGUAUUGGCUUCCGCAUUCAGAUUCGGUAAUUCUAAAUCCCCUGUAGUUUUACGAGAAACCUUAACAGCGUUAGCGGGCCUGCUUCCUUUCGAAGAUGACAAUAUAAUGAAAGAGUUGAGUUCUUCAGAGUCGCUGAAUUCAAUAAUCCAGAUAAUGAAGAAUGGCGAUAUUAGCUGCAGACUUAGUUCCGUCACAAUGUUGAAGAAGAUGGCGUCUACAAGCAAAGACCUUGCGAAGUCAUUAGCGAAGCAGAAUGGCCUUAUCGAAGGAUUGACGGAGUUCAUCAGAGUGCCCAUUUCGACACAUUUGACUAAGGUUUCUCUAGCGGUGACAUUCUACCUCAUCUCCAACGACGAAACAAUGUCCAAAAAAUGCGUCAAUUUGGGCAUCGUUCAUUCACUUUUAGAAAUUCUUGUGGAUUCAGACAAGAACAUGACUGAGAAGGUGCUCAUAAUUCUGGACGCACUGUGCAGAUUUGAGUUUGGGAGAGAGAAGGCGUGCGAGCAUGCUCUCACGGUGCCGGUGCUUGCGAAGAAGAUGUUUCGAGUUUCAGAAACGGCAACAGAAUUUGUGGUUUCUGUGUUGUGGAAAGUUUGCAGGAACUGUAGGAGGAGUAAUUGUUUGGUGGAGUGCUUGCAGGUGGGGUUGCUGCAGAAGAUGUUGCUGCUUCUGCAGGUUGGGUGCAGUGAAACGACGAAGGAGAAGGCGACAGAGAUGAUUAAGUUGAUGAGUUCAGUCAGUGAGAAAUUUGAGUGCGUCGAUACGAUGGAUUUUAAAGGACUCAAUAGGAGGAUUUCUUGAUUUCUGAAUUUGAUGAAUCUUG